UAAGCUACUAAAGGUUCCAAUUUCGCAAAGUUAACUGGGGCUUUGAGGGGGAGCGCGAACAGAAAAGAAUAGGUUUCUUGACAUUUUCAGCAGGUAGAAGAGAAAAGGCUAUUAGCUAUUGAAAUGGCGGCGGUGAGAGGAGUUGUGCUAAAGCACCUGAGAGUGAAUGCAACAUCCCUGUCCCUGCUUCGUAACCCUAAACCCAUCCCUAACGGCCACGGUGCUCUCACCUUCAACGCCAUACGGCGCCGAUUUUCCGACGACGUCAUGGGCUCAUUCCUCGACAAAUCUGAGGUCACCGAUCGCGUUGUCUCUGUAGUAAAAAACUUCCAGAAAAUUGAUCCAUCCAAGGUUACCCCAAAUGCUCAUUUUCAAAAAGAUCUCGGGUUAGAUAGUUUGGACACUGUGGAGGUUGUUAUGGCUCUUGAAGAAGAAUUUGGGUUUGAGAUACCUGAUAAUGAGGCAGACAAGAUCAGCACGAUCAGUCAUGCUGUCGAGUUCAUUGCUUCUCACCCCCAGGCAAAGUAGACAGGAAAUUAUGACUCAAAUCUUUUUCUUUAUUUUACCUUGUUCAUGUGAGACAUGAAACUGCAUUGGAUAAUUCCCUGAAUGCCUGUAGUAUCGUCUGGAUCAAAGAUCUUGGGUUAGUUUUGAUGUUUACUGCCUCAACGCUGCUGUUCUAAUUCAUAAAAUGUAAUAUUGCUAUUUUGUUUAUUUUUCUUGACCAUAUUUCAUUUUAAUGUAAUAAAUUUGGAUGAUCUCAGUUUCAUUA